CUUCACUGACGUGUGCUAUACAUACUCAGUCAUAAAACCCUUUCCCCAAAUUAACCCUUAAAAACAAAAUUAAAAUAAAAUAAAAAAACCUAAAAGAACCAUUUCUUUUCACACAGACACAAACCAUAUCAUCCAUGGCGGCCACUUCUUGCUUCUCCUCUUCCAUCUCUCUCAAUGCUAAACCCAACAAGCCCUCCAAGGCACCUCUCCGUUUCCUCCGCAGCCCCUUCCUUAAACCCUCUCCCUCUCCUCUCCCCGCCUCCCUCUCUUCCUCCUCUCCUUCCCUUCCGGUUAAAGUCUCUUCCUCGGGAAACGCAAACCACCCUCUCGCUCUCGAAAAUGAUGACUACGACGAGAAGCCUCGUGAGGAGUGCGGCGUUGUCGGAAUCUACGGAGACUCGGAAGCCUCGCGCCUCUGCUACCUAGCCCUCCACGCCCUCCAGCACCGAGGCCAAGAAGGCGCGGGAAUCGUAACCGUCAGCAAAGACAAGGUCCUCCAGACAAUAACAGGCGUCGGUCUUGUCUCCGAGGUCUUCAACGAGUCCAAACUCGACCAGCUACCAGGCGACAUCGCCAUCGGCCACGUCCGUUACUCCACCGCCGGCUCCUCCAUGCUCAAAAACGUCCAGCCUUUCGUCGCCGGGUACCGCUUCGGCUCCGUGGGGGUCGCGCACAACGGGAACUUAGUCAACUACACGAAGCUCCGAGCCGAGUUAGAAGAGAACGGUUCGAUUUUUAACACCAGCUCUGACACCGAGGUUGUCCUUCACUUGAUAGCUAUCUCCAAAGCUAGACCGUUCUUCAUGAGGAUCGUUGACGCGUGUGAGAAGCUACAAGGCGCGUACUCGAUGGUGUUUGUUACCGAGGAUAAGCUUGUAGCGGUUCGUGACCCUCACGGGUUUAGACCGUUAGUGAUGGGUAGGAGGAGUAACGGAGCUGUUGUGUUUGCUUCGGAGACUUGCGCUCUUGAUUUAAUCGAGGCUACUUAUGAGAGAGAGGUUUACCCUGGUGAGGUUUUGGUUGUUGAUAAAGAUGGUGUUAAGUCUCAGUGUUUAAUGCCUCAUCCUGAACCUAAGCAGUGCAUUUUCGAACAUAUUUACUUUUCGUUACCGAACUCGAUCGUGUUUGGUCGGUCUGUGUAUGAGUCUAGGCAUGUGUUUGGUGAGAUUUUAGCCACUGAGUCGCCUGUUGAUUGCGAUGUGGUGAUCGCUGUGCCUGACUCUGGUGUUGUCGCUGCUCUGGGGUACGCUGCUAAGUCCGGGGUAGCGUUUCAGCAAGGGUUGAUUAGGUCUCACUACGUUGGGAGGACGUUCAUUGAACCCUCUCAGAAGAUUAGAGACUUUGGAGUGAAGCUGAAGCUGUCUCCCGUCCGUGGAGUUUUAGAAGGGAAGAGAGUCGUUGUUGUUGACGACUCCAUCGUUAGAGGAACUACCUCGUCAAAGAUUGUUCGUCUCUUGAGAGAAGCUGGUGCCAAAGAGGUUCACAUGAGGAUCGCGAGUCCUCCUAUCGUUGCUUCUUGUUACUACGGUGUGGAUACGCCCAGCUCGGAGGAGUUGAUAUCCAAUAGGAUGAGUGUUGAUGAAGUGAGGGACUACAUCGGAAGCGACUCUCUUGCCUUCUUGUCGUUUGAGACGUUGAAGAAACAUUUGGGAGAAGAUUCGAAAACCUUCUGCUAUGCGUGCUUCACUGGGAACUAUCCGGUUAAGCCCACGGAGGAUAAGGUGAAGCGAGGAGGAGGGGACUUCAUCGAUGAUGGUCUCGUUGGAGGUAUUAACAACAUCGAAGGAGGUUGGGUUCGAUAGGUCGCGAGUUCGAUGCGCGCGUGAAACAAUUUUGGGUACUAAUGGAGUUAUAUGAUGACGAAAAUCUUGUUGAAUUUUUCAUCCAUUUGACCUAAUUGCUGCAUGUUUACUAUUAUUAUUUUGAGGUAUGAGAUGGGAGUGGACAAGAGGCUUGUUCUUGUCUGAUGAAUCUUUGAAAGUGUUUUGUUCUAUUGCCUUAAGUUUUUUGAAAAUUGAAAUUGUAUUGGUAA